AUGACUAUCUCCCAAGUGCCCUACCCAUCCCCUGCCACCCUCAAGAAGUUCCCCCAUGUGCAUGAUGACCCUUCCAAGUUGUCUCAUGCCUUGGACCCCUUUACUAUCACUACAUCUACAGGCUUCUUGCCUUAUGCCACUGGCCCUGUUGACCUUCCUGAUGCCUUCCAACCCCUAAAGUCCCUUGUGGAGCGUAUGCCCGUCGUUAAGCUUGACGGCACCCCAGGCCUCUUGGCGACCUAUGAGUUUGGCCCCGCUGUCGAUGCAGAGAUGCCUGACCUCACUGAUGAGGUUGAGAAGCUUGUCCUUCCUGAUGGUUCGCCGGACCGCUUCACUCUGACUGCUGUCUUCCGGGACUACACCUUCGUUGCCUCGUCGUACUUGCUCGAGCCCUGCUGGGAAAACUGGUGCAAGAACCCAGAUGGAGGAUAUGGUCUUGGUCGGGAGAUUUUGCCUAAGACUGUUGCUCGCCCAAUGUACCUCUGUGCUCAGAUCUUGGAUCUUCCUCCUUUCAUGUCCUAUGCUGCCUCAUAUGCUCUCUUCAACUACACCUUUGCCGAUCAUUCUAAGGGUCUAUCUGACUACUCUAACCUGCGUCUGAUCCGCGGCUUCGAGCGUGGUCUGGAUCCCAAGAGCUCCGAGGCAGGCUUUAUCCUGACUCACGUUGACAUGGUCAAAGAGACUGGCGCACUUAUCGGUGGUGUCCUCCGAGUGGUUGAUAAUAUCGAGCAGCAUGGUCCGCGUAAUGAGAUCAACAAUGGUUUCCGUGAGAUCCUGACAGCCAUGGAGAAGAUCGAAGCAUCGAUGGAAGAUAUGUGGGGAAACUCCAAGCCAUCAGAGUAUCUCUCCUUCCGUGUCUUCAUCUUCGGCAUCACCAAUCAAUCCAUGUUCCCGAACGGCGUAAUCUACGACGGCGUCGAAGACAACAAGCCCCUCGCCUUCCGCGGCGAGAGUGGCGCCAACGACAGCAUCAUCCCUCUGCUCGACCAUCUCUGCCAGAUCCCCAUGCCUUCAACUCCUCUGACCAAAAUCCUCCACGAAUUCCGCGCAUACCGACCCGCCCCUCACAGGGAAUUCCUUACCUACAUCCGCGAGAAGUCUGAGGAAGUUGGCGUUCAGGACUACUCUGUCCAGGACUCCGAGACAGCAGUCCUAUUCCUGAAGGUUCUCAACCAUGUUCGCAGCUUCCGCUGGCGCCAUUGGCUCUUCGCGCGCGAAUAUAUUAUCCGUCGUACUCCACACCCGACUGCUACCGGUGGUAGUCCUAUUGUGACUUGGUUGCCCAACCAGUUGUCCGCAGUUAUGGAUCUUAUGGUUAAGAUCUAUGAUUCCUACCUCGCUCCCAAAGAGGGUGUGGCAAUUUUGAAUGGAAGCCAGGACCGGAUUGCUGGACACCGCAAGCAGGUUGAGCCUAUGAUGGAGCUUGUGCGUGACCAAAGGGAGAAGUUGGCGAAGGAAGUGGAGAAGUGGUGCCAGGAGCGGGGGGUUUGA